AUGGACGACACACAGUUGGAACAUAACAAUCAGUGUGGGAGAGAGGGGGAGGGAGGGGGGGGGGGGGGGGGGGGGUGGGAGAGGGAGAGGGAGGGAGAGAGGGGGAGAGGGAAAGAGGAAAAGAGGGUGAGAGGGAGGGAGGAAGAGAGGAGGGUGGGGGAGGGAGCGAGGGGGAGGGAGAGAGAGGGAAAGAGAAAGAGAGGGGGAGAGGGAGAGAGAAGGAAAGAGGGAGAGAGGGGGUGUGGGUGUGGUGGUUGGUUGUGUUUGGUGUGGUUAGGGUGGGUUUGUGGUGUUGUGGUGGGGGGUGGUGUGGGGUUGGGGGGGGGUGGGUGUGGAGAGGGGUGUUGUGUGGUUUGGUUUGUUGGGGUUGUGGUGUGGGUGUGUGGGUGGUGGGUUGUGGGUUGUGGGGUUGGGUGGUUUGUGGGAUUUUAUUGUAUGGUAGAGGUGGAAUGGGGUUUGUGGUAUGGUUGGGUUGGUGGGUUUGUGGGGGUAGUGUUAUGUGGGAAGUUUUUGAUGGUGUAUUGGUUUAAUGGGGAAUGUUGUUGGGGUAGUUGUAUGAGGUAUGGGUUUAGAGGAAUGGAUGACGAGGUGUGUGGUGUUUGUGGUGUUUGUGUUGGUGGGUUGGUGGGUUGUGGAGGGUAUGGUGUGUUUGGGGUAUGUGGUUGA